AUGGCGGCCCCGGCCGCGCUGCGCCCGCUGCUGCCGCUCGUCCCCGUGGCCGCCGCGCUGGCGCUGGCUGCGGGCGGGGGCACGGCGGGGACAGAGCCGCCCCCGCCGCUCUCCGGCAGCGACAUCGUGCACCCGAUCCGUGUGGACGAGAGCGGGUCCUUCCUGUCCUACGAGCUGUCGCACCGCGCCCUGCACCGGCGCUCGCCGCUCUCCCGGAGCUCGCUGCCCGCUUUCUACGAGCUGCACUACCGAGGGCAGCCCCUGCGCUUCAACCUGAGCCUCAACCGGCACCUGCUGGCCCCGGGCUUCGUCAGCGAGCGGCGCUUCGGGGGCAUCGCGGGCGCCAGGAUCCAGCCCCGCUCGCACAACCCGUGCCACAUGCUCGGGGAGGUGCGGGGCCGGGCGCUGCAGGGCGGGCUGGCUGCGCUCAGCACCUGCGAUGGGCUGAAAGGGGUGUUCCAGCUGAUGAACGAGGACUAUUUCAUCGAGCCCGUGUCCAGCAGCCCCCGGGAGGAGGGGGCAGCCCAGCCCCACAGGAUCUACAAGCGCCAGGUGCCCAAGGGCAGGGCUGGGCAGGGCAGGAGCCCCCCGGCCCCCCGGGAGCCCUGUGCUGUGCCAGAGUCUCAGGAGAGCCUGGAGCGGUCGGAGAGGCGCAGGGAGAGGUGGCAGCAGAAGCAGCUGGGCAGGAGGAGGAGGAUCAGGCAGCGCUCCAUCAGCAGGGAGAAAUGGGUGGAGACCCUGGUGGUGGCUGACACCAAGAUGGUGGAGUUCCAUGGCAGUGCCAACGUGGAGAAGUACGUGCUGACCGUCAUGAACAUGGUGGCAGGGCUGUUCCACCACGCCAGCAUUGGGAACCCCAUCAACAUCGCCAUAGUGCGGCUGAUCCUGCUGGAGCACGAGGAGGAGGAGCUGAAGAUCUCCCACCACGCAGACAACACCUUGAAGAGCUUCUGCAAGUGGCAGAAGAGCAUCAACGUGAAGGGAGACUCACACCCCCUGCACCACGACGUGGCCGUGCUGCUCACCAGGAAGGACAUCUGUGCUGCCAUGAACAGGCCCUGUGAGACCCUGGGGCUGUCCCACGUGGCUGGGAUGUGCCAACCCCACCGGAGCUGCAACAUCAACGAGGACACGGGGCUGCCCCUGGCCUUCACCGUGGCGCACGAGCUGGGACACAGUUUUGGGAUUCAGCAUGAUGGAAGCAGCAAUGACUGUGAGCCAGUUGGGAAAAGACCUUUCAUCAUGUCUCCACAGCUCCUGUAUGACACGUCCCCUCUCACCUGGUCCCGCUGCAGCCGCGAGUACAUCACACGCUUCCUCGACCGGGGCUGGGGGCUGUGCCUGGAUGAUCCCCCAGCCCAGCAGGUGCUGGAUUUCCCCCUGGUGCCCCCGGGGGUCCUGUACGAUGUGAGCCACCAGUGCCGGCUGCAGUACGGCCCCCACUCCACCUUCUGUGACGACAUGGACAGUGUGUGUAACACGCUGUGGUGCACGGUGGGGAACACGUGUCACUCCAAGCUGGACGCGGCUGUGGACGGCACGGCGUGUGGGGACAGCAAGUGGUGCUUCAAUGGCGAGUGUGUGCCCGUGGGCUACCGGCCCCAGCCCAUCGCCGGCGGCUGGAGCCCCUGGAGCUCCUGGGCCUCGUGCUCCCGCAGCUGUGGGGCAGGAGUGCAGAGUGCUGAGAGGCACUGCAGCCACCCCACGCCCAAGUACGGCGGCCGGUACUGCCUGGGCGAGCGCCGGCGGUUCCGGAUCUGCAACGUGCGGCGCUGCCCCCCGGACAAGCCCUCCUUCCGCCAGCUCCAGUGCAGCCACUUCAACCCCAUGCUCUACAAAGGGAAGCUCUACAAGUGGACACCAGUGCCCAACAACAUGAACCCCUGCGAGCUGCACUGCCGGCCCGAGCACGAGUUCUUUGCGGAGAAGCUGCGGGACGCGGUGCUGGACGGGACGCCCUGCUACGACAGCGAGGGCAGCAGGGACAUCUGCAUCAACGGCAUCUGCAAGAACGUGGGCUGUGACUACGAGAUCGACUCUCACGCGGUGGAGGAUCGCUGCGGGGUGUGCCACGGGGACGGCUCCACCUGCCACACCGUGCACAAGACCUUCGAGGACAGCGAGGGGCUGGGCUACGUGGACAUUGGGAUUAUCCCCGUGGGAGCCCGGGAGAUCCGCAUCGAAGAGGUGGCAGAAGCCGGGAAUUUCCUGGCGCUGCGCAGCGAGGACCCCGAGAAAUAUUUCCUGAAUGGUGGCUGGACCAUCCAGUGGAACGGGGACUACAGGGUGGCAGGCACCACCUUCACCUACAAGAGGACAGGGAACUGGGAGAACCUCACCUCUCCGGGGCCCACCGUGGAGCCCGUGUGGAUCCAGCUGCUGUUCCAGGAGACCAACCCCGGGGUGAGGUACCAGUACACGAUCCAGCGCCCGGCUGACAGCGAGAACGAGAUCGAGCAGCCCGAGUUCCUGUGGCGCUUUGGCUCCUGGACCACCUGCACGGCCACCUGUGGGACAGGGGUGCAGCGGCAGGUUGUGCACUGUGUGGAGAGGCUGGCAGGUCUGGUGGAGGAGCGGUUCUGCGACGCGCUCACCCGGCCCGACGACAAACAGCGCACCUGCAGCGAGGAGCCCUGCCCGGCCAGGUGGUGGGUGGGCGAGUGGCAGCCGUGCUCAGCCUCGUGUGGCGGGGCAGGGCUGAUGAAGAGGACGGUUCUGUGCAUCCAGAGCGUGGGGCUGGACGAGCAGCGGGCCCUGCAGCCAGCACACUGCCAGCACCUGCCCCGGCCCGAUGCCACCGCGCCCUGCCACCCACAGCGCCCCUGUCCCUCCCCCUGGGCUGUGGGCAACUGGUCUGAGUGCUCUGUGACCUGUGGGAACGGGACCCAGAGGCGCCCUGUGCACUGCAGCAACAGCACCGGGGCCGAGUGUGACCCUGCAGAGAGACCCAGCCCCGAGAGGGUGUGCUCCCUGCCACAGUGCCACCAGAGCUGGGACACUGCCGACUGGUCUGGCAGCGGCUCCUCCAGCAGGGAGGUGUUUAAUGAAAUCCAUUACAUCCCCAGCAACCACAUUCCUGAGUUUAACCCCUUAAUCCCGAACAUCCCGGAGUCCAACGACGUCAAUGUCAUCACCGAGGAGGAUUUCUCGGCCAGGAAAGGAAAUGUCUUUGUGGAUGACUUUUACUACGAUUAUAACUUCAUCAACUUCCACGAGGAUCUGUCCUACUACCCCUUCACAGAGAAGGAGGCAAAGCCAGAGCUGAGCCCUGGUGGCGUGGAGGGGCCCUGGGAGGUGCCCACUGAGACCCUGCUCAGCACCGAGCUGGGGGGAGACAGCGAGGAGGAAAACACUUCUGCUCCUGGGCAUGAGGGACACACAGAGCCCAGUGACCAGAUGAGCAUGGCCCCCGAGGAUGUGGGCUCAGCCACACCCAGACACACCAGCCCUGGCUUUUUGGGUGAGGAGGAGCAGGAUGCAGUGCUUGUGCCCCACUCUGAGCAGCACCCACCCACCCAGAGCUCUGCACGCCACGGCCGCUGGGAUGAACCCCAUGGAGCAGCACCCAGCAGGACCAGCCUCGGGCAGGGUGCCCCAGCCCAUGGCUCCUGGGGUCCCCAGGCAGCUGCUGCAGUGCCCACGGGCUGGGGCAGUGCUACUGUGGAUGUGCCCCACGGGCAGGGAGCACCGGGCAGUGUGAGCACAGAGGGACAGGACACGGCCAGGUCUGCAGGGACAGGCCACCAGGACUCCAGGGAAAUGGGUCUGGCCACCAGCAGUGACGUUUCCCCACAGCCCACAGGGCAGCACGGGUGGGCAGCAGUGCCAGAGGGGGUGCUGGACACGCAGGCAGGUGGGCAAGCCCAUGGCAUGGACAGGGCACGCCUUGCCUUGCCCACCCCACAGGCUCCGGGCUGGGGGAUGGCAGGGAGUGCUGGCAGCCCCCACCCUGCCCCGAUUCCCCCUCCUGUGGGUGCUGACAAGGCUCCUGUGGGGCAGGGAGGGCAGCAGCCAGAGCUCCACACCCCCACAGCCCCCACCUCAACCCCCUGGGUGGCCACAACAGCCCCUCCAGUGUCCUUGUCCCCUGCCAUGCCCGGGCCGGCCACCCAGCUCACCUCCAGUGGCCUCAGCCAGCAGGGUGCCCUGGUCCCAGCCAUGCCCACAGCCCCAGCUCAUGGCCCACCUGCCCACACUGCAGGGUCCCCCCAGGACUGGGGGACAGAGGGGGUGUCCCAGCACCCGGAUCCAGCACAGCCCCACACCCAGCUGACCUCCCAUGGGACCCUGCUCAGCAUUGCUGCACCCAGGGAGCCCUCAGCAGGGACACCCCCGGGGACAUGGACACCCCCAGGGACAGGGACACCCCCAGGGACAUCACCCAGGGAGCCCUCACCGUGGACACCCCCAGGGACAUCACCCAGGGAGCCUUCACCAUGGACACCCCCAGGGAUGUCACCCAGGGACCCCUCACCAUGGACACCCCCAGGGACCUCUGCCUCCAGUGAUGGGGGGCACGAGUUGUCCCAGCCCUCACCUUUGCCCCCCUCACUCUGGGAGAAGAGGCUGGAGGAGGAGGAUGAAGAGGAGGAGGCUCUGCUGCCACCAUCAGCCACUGCCAAGCCCAGCUGGGAGGUCGGGAACUGGAGUGAGUGCUCGGCCACGUGCGGCCUGGGCGCGGUGUGGAGGCCGGUGCGCUGCAGCAGCCAUGGCGGCUGUGCCGAGGCCGACAGGCCCGUCCCUGCCCGGAGGUGCUCCCUGAGACCCUGCUCGGCCUGGCGUGUGGGCAACUGGAGCAAGUGCUCCAGGAGCUGCGGUGGUGGCACCAAGGUCCGGGACGUUCACUGUGUUGACACCAGGGACCAGCGGCUGCUGCGGCCGUUCCACUGCCAGGCCGGGCUGUCCCAGCCCCCGGCUCAGCUGCCCUGCCGGAGCUCGCCGUGCCUGCCCUGGUACACAUCCUCCUGGAGAGAGUGCUCGGAGCCCUGCGGUGGCGGGGAGCAGGCACGGCUGGUGACGUGCCCGGAGCCCGGGCGCUGCGAGGAGACCGAGAGGCCCAACAGCACCCGGCCCUGCAACAGCCAGCCCUGCACCACCUGGGUGGUGGGCUCCUGGGGACAGUGCUCGGCUCCCUGCGGAGGGGGCAUCCAGCGGCGCCAGGUGAAGUGCAUGGACACCAGGACAGGCGUGGCCCAGGAGGACAGCAGCCUGUGUGACCACGAGCCCUGGCCAGAGAGCACCCAGAAGUGCAACCCCCAGGAGUGUGAGAGCUCCGAGCCAGGUGUGCCCUGCGAGCGCGACCGCCUGAGCUUCGCCUUCUGCCGGACGCUGCGGCUGCUGGGCAGGUGCCACCUCCCCACCGUGCUCGGCCAGUGCUGCCACAGCUGCCGCCAGCACGGGCUGCUGGCAGCGCCCCGCGGCCACCAGCGCCUCUCCCGGAGGUGACAGCGCUGUCCCCAAGGCCGGCUCCGUGCUGGGAAGGACUGGUGGCUGUGCCACAGCCCGGGGGGCUCCAGGCUCUGAAACUCUGCUCUGUAAUGGUGCUGAAACCAUCCGGGGGGCUGCUGGGGGGGGACCUGUGUAUUGUGCCAUGUGCCUUGUGUCUUGU